AUGAAACGAUAUCAAAGUGGGACAGAAAAAAAGAAAAGGUUAAAACGAAAUCUAGAAAUUGCCGAACAGCAGAAAAAUUCAUUGCACAAAUUUUUAAACGUUAGUACGGAAAAUGAGCAACCUUGUACAACUUCUGGUAACUCCGAAAACCCUACCGUGGAAAUUUCUUUCGAAACAUGCAUCGCUGGAACAUCGAAGGAAAAACUUGAAGAAGUAGAACAGGAACGCGGCGAAAAUCCGAAAGUUGAAAAUUCCAGUUACGUCCAAGAUGACGAAGACACCGAUUUUGAUGUUACAAAACUGAAGGAUAUAGCUUUAUGGCCCGCGAUAUUAACGGAUAAAAUGAUUGACUAUAUUCUUAGAAACAAGCCAACGAAUGUAGGGAAUAUUGAAGAAUUAAAAUCAGCGUACAAAGAUAGAGAUGAAGUUUAUUAUAGAGGACUUUUUCACAAACAUUUUUAUCGAACGAAGUCAAAUGGAAUUCAGGAAGACCGAUACUGGUUAAAGUUUUCAGAAACAAGCAAAAGUGUUUAUUGCUACCCUUGCAAACUGUUUUCUGCAUCAAAAUCGAAAUUGAUUACUGGUUUUCAGAACUGGAAAACGAUUAUCGUUACGUUAUCGGACCACGAACUUUCAAAGGAGCACAUGGCAGCUAUCUGCACUUUAUAUAAAAGAACUUCAAAUUUUAACAGAGUUGAUACUCAGUUAUUAUUGAGAAAAGAAAAUGAGGUAAACUACUGGAAGAAAGUCUUGCAGCGGGUUAUAUCCACAAUAAAACUGUUAAGUAGUUUGGGGAUUGCGUUCAGAGGGCAUAACGAAGAAUAA